ACCCUUGAAAGGUUGAAAAUUUCAUUUCAAAAUUCAAAUCUCAUUUGAAAACCAAAAAUUUUCUUUUCCUUCUGCUCCGAGAGAGAGAGAGAGGGAGAGUAAAAAGCUAGGGUUUCAGUGAAGAGGUCGAUUUCGAAAAAUUUCAAUGGCAGAAGUUAUUAAAGGAAGUAGUGGAAAACGAAGGGGAAAGACAACAACUGAAGCUUUAAGUACAGAGAAAAGAAAGAGAGAAGAGGAUGAUCUAGAUCUUAAUCUUUCUAGUGAUAUUCAAGGAAUCAUUGCAGCACUGCAAAAUAUUAGAGAAAAAGCUCAUAAAGAUGAUAAGAAGAAGAGUGAAGAAACGAUCGCUAGUGUGUCGUCAGAAGUCAAGACAAUACUAAAUGAUGCAAAAUCAAAACUCGAGAAAGAACGGCAGACUUUUGUGAAGGCACUUUCAAAGAGCUCUAAAGAGUGUGAGAACUCUCUCAGGGAUGAGUUUGCCAAGUUCCAGUCAGUUUAUGAGAAAUUUUCUAAGGAGAAAGCAGCACAUUUGCAGGCGUUUGAAGAUAUAUUCUCCAAAUUUGACAAUGAAAAGGAAAAGCUGUACCUUCGUUAUGAACAACAGAGGAAGAAAGAAAAGAGUAUGUUAUCUGAAAUGGAGAAAACCUGUGCUGAUAAAAUUACAGCAGCUGAAGAAUCUCUAAAGAAGAAAAAGAAGGACGACAAAUCUUUCAGCAUUUUACGCAAAUCUCUCGGCUCAUUCCUGGAUGGUGCCUCAGAUGAUGAUCUCCCGGCUGAUGAAUGUUUAUGAGUUCUGAAAACAUCCUGAAAAUUCCUCAUCCACAGUUACUUUCAGGAACGAAAAUUGGUUUCCCGAUGCUUCAAGUGUCCUGCAGAAAAUCUUAACAACUAAGAUCGUUUUCCAGAUUUUUUUUAGGACGAGCAUAUUUUGGCAGGGGGAAAGUAUUGUUAUGUGCUGGUAUUGUGGACGAGUUCGAAAAGCCAUACUCUUGAUUUUGCUCUCGAGUACAAGAACAAAUUUUAGGGGCAGAGAAAUGUUUUGUGCUAAUAUGUAGAAGCCUUUUCAAAUGUUAUGUCCACACAGAGGUUCAAAUAGAUGGAAUGUCUCUCCCACUCGCAUAUAUUUUCUCGCAUCCAAUAGAAUUACAUCUAUGGUAGAGAGCCCUUUGCCCGCUCAUUAGCAAACCAUAACGAUCUACCUUGAACGAUU